CAGCACACGGAGGAGUUUUUCAUCAAGCCCGAGUCCCGGAUCGCCCAGCUGGACACGUCUCAGUGGCCCUUGCUGCUGAAGAACUUUGACAAGUUAAAUGUGAUGACAGCACACUACACACCUCUUUCUUCUGGUGCUAAUCCCCUGAAGAGAGAGAUUUCUGAUUAUGUCAGGUCUGGCUUUAUUAACCUCGACAAACCUUCCAAUCCAUCUUCCCACGAGGUGGUUGCAUGGAUCCGACGCAUCCUUCGAGUAGAGAAGACUGGACACAGUGGCACUCUGGAUCCUAAGGUGACUGGGUGCCUCAUUGUGUGCAUUGAGAGGGCAACACGACUGGUCAAAUCUCAGCAGAGCGCAGGCAAAGAGUAUGUGGGAAUUGUUCGGCUGCACAAUGCAAUUGAAAGUGAGGCUCAGCUUGCCAGGGCAAUAGAAACUCUGACAGGCGCACUGUUUCAGCGACCACCCCUCAUUGCUGCUGUCAAACGACAACUGAGGGUCAGAACCAUCUAUGAGAGCAAGCUGGUGGAGUAUGAUCCUGAGAGAAGAUUAGGUAUCUUCUGGGUGAGCUGUGAAGCAGGCACAUAUAUCCGAACGCUCUGUGUUCACCUUGGUUUGCUGCUUGGUGUGGGGGGCCAGAUGCAGGAGCUCCGCAGAGUGCGCUCAGGCAUCCUGGGAGAGAAGGACAACAUGGUGACUAUGCACGAUGUACUGGAUGCACAAUGGCAGUAUGACAACAACAAGGAUGACAGCUACCUGCGAAGAGUUAUCCUGCCGUUGGAGAAACUGCUGACUUCACACAAGCGGCUAGUCAUGAAAGACAGUGCGGUUAAUGCCAUUUGCUAUGGAGCCAAGAUCAUGCUGCCUGGUGUCCUGAGGUAUGAAGAUGGUAUUGAGCUUAAUCAGGAGAUUGUCGUCAUCACCACGAAAGGAGAAGCUAUCUGCCUAGCCAUUGCCUUGAUGACCACAGCAGUCAUUUCUACCUGUGACCAUGGCAUUGUGGCAAAGAUCAAGAGAGUGAUCAUGGAGAGAGACACGUAUCCCCGCAAAUGGGGUCUCGGUCCCAAGGCCAGUCAAAAGAAGAUGAUGAUCCAGAAGGGUCUGUUGGACAAGCAUGGAAAGCCCAACGAGAGCACACCGGAUUCCUGGAAGAAGGAGUAUGUGGAUUACAGGGAUGCUUCCAAGAAAGAGGCAGCUGCUGUUCCGCAAGCUGUUUCAGAGCUGGAGAGGGCUCCAAAAAGGAAGCGAGAGUCAGAGAGUGAAAGUGAGGAGGCUGUGACCCCACCAUCCCCUGCCUCCCCACCACCAGAGGAGCUGAGCAAGAAGGAAAAGAAAAAGAAAAAGAAAGAGAAGAAGGCCAAAGAGGCAUCUGAGAGUGCAGAAGAGCAAAUAGAAGUGACCAGUGAGACCAGCACCAAGAAGAAAAAGAAGAAGAAGAAACAAAAGGAGGUAGAAGAGAGCUCGGAGUAA